GGCACUAGGAACAAUCAGUGAAACUCUUCAGAGAGCUUCUGAAAGCCACAAACCAGGAAACCUUCUCUACUGCCUCUCUGCAUGUUAAAAUAGGCUGAAGUGGGAAAUCCUCAGAAGACAUAGAUAUCUUGCCUACCAAUUUAGAAGGAAUAGAAGCAGAUCCAAGGGUUCUUCUCAACCAACUAUAUUAAGGCCCGCCCUCCUGCCUUCCUGCCUGCCUGAGCCGCUGCGUGAGCCUGGGCCCGGCCGCCCAAGCCGCCCGCUGAGCCAAUGCUAGAUCUGGAAGUGGUUCCUGAGCGCUCUCUGGGCAACGAGCAAUGGGAGUUCACCCUGGGCAUGCCAUUGGCUCAGGCUGUAGCAAUUCUUCAAAAACACUGUCGUAUUAUCAAAAACGUCCAGGUUCUCUACAGUGAGCAGUCUCCUCUCAGCCAUGACCUCAUCCUUAACCUGACUCAGGAUGGAAUCAAACUGCGGUUUGAUGCUUUCAAUCAGAGACUUAAGGUGAUUGAAGUUUAUGACUUGACUAAAGUAAAGUUAAAAUAUUGUGGUGUCCAUUUUAACUCUCAGGCAAUUGCUCCAACCAUAGAGCAGAUUGAUCAGUCAUUUGGAGCAACACAUCCAGGAGUGUACAACUCAGCUGAACAACUUUUUCACCUCAAUUUCAGAGGACUUUCGUUUUCCUUUCAGUUAGACUCAUGGACUGAAACUCCAAAGUAUGAGCCUAACUUUGCCCAUGGCCUUGCUUCUCUACAAAUUCCCCAUGGUGCAACUGUGAAACGUAUGUACAUCUACAGUGGAAACAGUCUGCAAGAUACAAAGGCUCCCAUGAUGCCACUCAGCUGUUUCCUUGGUAAUGUGUAUGCAGAGAACGUUGACGUUCUGAGAGAUGGGACUGGACCCUCAGGUUUACGGCUCCGCUUACUCACUGCAGGUUGUGGCCCAGGUGUACUAGCUGAUGCUAAGAUGCGGGUAUUUGAACGCUGUGUGUAUUUUGGUGAUUCGUGCCAGGAUGUUUUGAGCACUUUGGGGUCUCCGCAUAAGGUCUUUUAUAAGUCUGAGGACAAGAUGAAAAUUCAUUCGCCCUCCCCCCAUAAGCAGGUUCCAUCAAAAUGCAAUGACUACUUCUUUAACUACUUCACCCUUGGAGUGGAUAUUCUUUUUGAUGCAAAUACUCACAAGGUGAAGAAGUUUGUCCUGCAUACAAAUUAUCCUGGUCAUUACAACUUCAACAUUUACCAUCGUUGUGAGUUCAAGAUUCCACUGGCCAUUAAGCGAGAUAAUGCUGACUCUCGGACUGAAACAUGCACAACGUACAGCAAGUGGGACAGUAUUCAGGACCUUCUUGGGCACCCGGUGGAGAAGCCAGUGGUGCUUCACAGGUCAUCCUCUCCAAACAACACCAACCCAUUUGGAUCAACGUUUUGCUUUGGACUGCAACGAAUGAUUUUUGAGGUGAUGCAAAAUAAUCACAUAGCAUCUGUUACUCUGUAUGGCCCUGCCAGGCCCACCAGCCAGUUGAGACCUUCGGACCUUCCCCAGUGAGCAUCCCCUUCAAAACCCGCUAAUCUAAAUGCUACAAAAUUAGUACAGUGUGCCUUGAUUUGCUGCCACUUAUAAUAUGGAAAGCACGGUAUGAUUUUUUUCCAAAAACAACCUUCCCACCAAUGCAUGGUGUGGAGGAGAAAUUCUCUCAACCCUUCAUCAUGAGGAAUGGAACUAGUGGUGGACGAAUGCAGUUAGGUGCCUGCGUCAUCAUCUUAUUCCUCUUGGUUGUCCUCACCCUGUGCAGCACAGGCAUGAAGAGACUAUGUAUCCUUCCUGAACUGGCAGAAGGGAGAGGUGGAAGAGGAGGCACAUAAUGACCGCAAGAGUUAGAAGCACAAACUUUCUGAGCCUUGGAGCAUCUAGAAGCAGAUACUGAUUUUAGUCUGUGUUUAUGUUACUGUAUUGAUGUGGUGGUCACACUUUAAGAAAACAAGUAUGUAUACAAUAUAUAUAUAUAAACAAAUCGGUAUAUCUGUGACUAAGGACAUUGUACCAAGUGUGACAAAGGUGUGUAUAUAUGUCCAUGAUUUCAGGCACCACAUCUUUGUAUAACUUUAAAACAAGCAAGUAGCAUGUGCAGAAUACUUGGUUGUAACAUUUGCACUACAUACACUUUAAUUACUUGAUAAAUGUUUAUCUUCACUGAGGAGCAUCUGUGUACGACGUGAGUGGGGUGUAAUGGUUAUUUAAUGUACGCUGCACACAGCUUAUUUAUACUGUGGAUCAAAUAAUCCACCUUCCUGCACUAAUACUUGACAUGCUGAAGCAUUUGUUUUCUUGCCAUGCCUGGUUUACUAAAUUUUUUUUUCAUGUGCAGUUUUCUUUAAAAAAAUUUCUGGAAGAGAAGGGUAUUCCUAUGAAUGGAAAUGUUUUACUUUAAGGGGUUUGAUACCAUUUUUUUCUUUAUGCUGAAAUAUUAAAAAAAAAAUAAGUUGCCUCAUCUAUGUUUGCUCCAAACUCCUUCUCUCCCCUCCUUUUUCCUUGGGGAAUUUGUCAUGUGUGUAUAUAUAGUAUAUUGAAAAAUAAUUCCCUUGCUCCUUCAAUACCAAGAAACCUUUUUCCAUAAUGUCUGAUGUAUAAUUUUUAUUUAAUGCCAAAGGUUUAGCCAAAGACAUCCUCACUGUAGGUUCACCAUUUCUGUACAUAUACUCUAACUGCACACCCUGCCCCCAGGUAAACAGAUAGAGGUUUUUUUUUAGUCAGGAGAUGCUGCUCGCUGCGUGUUAUCUGAAGUGGAUACUUUGGAUUUCUAGUUCUUUUACCUGUUUUAUCUGGGUAGAAUAGAUGGUCUGUCUUUGCAAUAUUAACCCUUUUUAAAAAAUGGAAAAGAGAAAUGUAUAAUUUUAUCCCAUUUUUAAUAUUUUGGUGUAGCAACUUGUGAUACAUAGACAAUGAUUUUGUGAGUUUUACUAUGUGUGUACAGAUUUUGUAAAUAUGACAUUUUUGUAAUUCUAACUCCAUGUACAGUGUAAUCCUGUAUAGUUUAUCAAUGAGUGAGAGAUAGGAAAUCAAAUGUUAUCUCAUGUUUUGGAUCCUGGACCAGUAGCAGGGAUACAUGUGUUGUGUGUACAAUACUCUUUUGCCAUUUAGUCUUCCUGUAUACUGUGAUAUUCUAGACUGUUUUAAUUAAAACAAAAAUGUCCCAUUGGGAAUCUAACUUAAUUGAUAAGGAAAAAGUUACUGUUUACCUUUAUUUCCUAGGUGUUACUCCUGUUGAAUUCCUGUUCAGUCUGUGUGGUUUCCUGUGAUCAUUGCUUGCUAAGAAUUCUAUGCCUCAAUCUAUUUCUUUAUAUCCUUUAUAAUUUUAAUCUUGUUUUACCUAACCCUCCUGCAAAUGUAAAUGGAAUGCAUAAUGAGCAUGUAUACUGAAAGGCAAAUAAAAUGAAACUCAGUUACUGUUUUGCGCUAAAUACAGUUGCUGGGUGUUUUUCGUAAUAAA